AUAUUUUAAAAUUUCGUUCACAGGAAAAACUCUGGCAAGAGAAUGGUUGAAAUAUCGAUAUGGAGUUUUUGAUGAAAAUGGUUUUCUAGAUGAUCCUAUGUAUCCCACGCAUUACACCAUUCCCGGCAGUGACGAAAUUCAUAUUACUGACUGCACAUCUCCAAAAAUAGGUUAUUCAAUCAUGGAUUCCCAGAACAACAGUUGUGUUUUGACAUCCGAAACAGCUAACAAUUGCUCAAUUCACCCCCAUGAGGAAGAUGUGACAUCAUCUUUAAUGUUUUACCAUGAAAAACUGCCACAGUUGGACCACGUCUGUGGUAAAGAGGACCGAAUUCACAAUGUUGGUUCUCCUAACAAGCAAAAUCUCAUUUGUUCAUAUAAAAGCAUAUGGGAAGUUAUUGAGACAUCUGAGGAUUUUAAGUCUGUUCAAGCGGAUGAUGAGGUUACAGAUGAAGAAAUCAAGUUUUCCUUUGUUCAGGAAAGUGAAUUAAGACUUGCUGUCGCUUGGCAAGAUACCAAAAGUUUACUAACUCAGGGAAGAACUAUUUUAAAAGUUGUUCAGAAACUGAUGUUUGACAUCCCUGAUGGCAGCAGAGUCGCUCUUUACAGUUUUAAAGAUACAUUGAAUGAACACGUACCUUUUAGAGAAAUUACUGAAACAACUCGAACGUCUUGGGCAACAAAUUCCAAUUUUGGAAGCACCGUGGAUGGGCAACCACUGCUUGCUGUCCACAAAGCUGUCAACGAUAUGCAAGCCAACGAUGAGGCAGACAAGCCAGGAAUAAUUGUUUUGUUUACUAAUUCCAAUCCUGCUGAAGACGCUGAUUUGGUUGAAAAAUUGAAAAACUCGAAACUGUGCUUAUAUGUAAUUGGACUACCAGGAAUUUCUGAAGAAGCUUGGAGUGCUUUCCUUGAUGCAUCAUCCUGUAGUUCAUUGUUGCAAAUAACCGAUUCAUCCAUUUCUGAUGCCGUAGAGACAUAUAAGAAUUUGUACAGCGCUGUACAAUCAAUUCUACCUGGGAGAGAUGACUCUAAGAUACACACAGUUUCAGCAAGUAUGCUUCCUCCUGAAGAAGUCCUGCCCAUCCCUACUGAUCCUAUAGCAAAGAAAUUUACGGUGUGGAUUUUCCAUUCAGUUGAAUUUGAGUGCUCCGUUAAUCUGACUACAGAAGUUCAGUCAUCCUUUUUGGUUUCUUAUUCUUUUGAACCACAAAAUGAUACAGUGGAAUGUAGAUUGAAGGAUAUUGCUGAAGGCUCUUACUUGGUUCACGUUCAGUUGACCACUGAAGGAGGUGAAUCUUUCAAUAACAAAGUCUGGUUUCAGGAUACAACACCAUCUGAUUCAGAAGAACAAAUGCCAUAUAUUAUUUAUGCCAAGAUAUCUUAUGGAGAGUAUCCUGUUCGAGAUGCUGAUGUUCGAGCAGAAGUUCUCUCGCCAAGUGGUGAUAAAGUAAUUCUUACAUUAGGUGAUGAUGGCCGCGGAGAUCCUGAUGUUACUCAAUAUGAUGGAAUAUACAGUAAAUAUUUUACGAAGUUAGAUUCUCAGGGUACCUAUCAAGUGACAAUAACAGCAACAGGAAAAGCAAAUGCGAGCAAAAAUGGUCAAGACCUCUGCUGUGGAAGCGCUAUUGUAAGUGACUCGUUCGAACUGACUGAGCUUAAAUGGACAGAACAGACAAGUUUCACUGUAUCUAAAAAUAAGAGCAAGGAUGGAUACAAGCCAUCUAGAGUGACUGACCUAAGGGUGGAAUCCUUGAAUCUGCCAGACAGCCUUACUCUCAAGUGGACAGCACCUGGAGGAGAAAUGGAUGAAGGAAAAGCAUCCAACUAUCAGUUCCUUUUGUUUUGCCAACUUCAAGACUGCCGCGAUGGUAUACUACCGAACUGGAUAAGCUUUCCGAACAAAAUUGAAAAACCAAAAGACUCUGGAAAAGACGAAGCUGUAAAAGUUGAGUUUUACCAAGGCAAACCAGAUAACAUUACUGUUUACUUGACACUGAAAACAGAAAAUCAUAAUCACCAAUUUAGUGAAGAAUCCAAUCGCGUUUACAUAAAACUCACACCAAAUGAUCCCCAAGAAACUACAACUUCCAUAAUUACAGAAGAUGACUCCAAGGGAUUCCGAGGUCCAACAGCUGGUAGUAUCGUUGCAUACGUUAUCAUUGGCUUAGCUAUUUUAAUGCUAAUUUGUGGGAUCGUUUAUUUUCUGUUGGACAGGACCAGGCGUGGCAGAGCUUUGGAAGAGUUGAACACUCCAGCAGCUUUUAUGAGCGUAGAUAGUAGUGGAGAGAUUUUCUCUUUUAAGAACGUAGCGCCACCUGCUGAAAAUCCCAUCAGGCGAGCAGAAUCUAUUCCGGUUGUGCUUUACACUCAUGAUCAAAUAAAAGACUUCAAAAAUAAAACAAAGCAGCCUCCUCUCUACCGAUCAGAUGUAGAACCUAAACCAUGGGUCAGCCUGAACGCUUUAACGGAUAGGAAUGGAAGUUCAAGUAGUAACAGUACAAUAAAUGUUGGGGAUGGUAAGACUCAAUCAGGUGAAAUCAGACAGUUAAAUGAUAUGACAACAAUACCACUCCGUGACAAAAAUUCUAGGUUUUAAACAAAAACAAUAAAUGCAGAGGUGCUCUCUAUUAUUAAAUUAUGAUGACAGUAAUGAUUUAGGAGCAAGUAUUGAAGAUAGAACACUGAAUUUGAGAUAAAAUGAAUAAUAAUGGUUUAUGAUCAGGGAAUAAUAAUGAUUAAAACCGAAAUAUGUGAGAAAAAAAACUGUGAAGAGAAGAAAUUAAGCUUCCUAGGCUGACUUUAACUAGAAUGAAAUUUGAAAAAUGUUAGAUGAUCUGAAUGUGGAUUGGUUGAUCAAUGUUGAUUCUUCUUUUUUUUUUGUAAAAAUUUUGUUUGUAGUAAAUUAUCUAGUUAAAAAAUU